AUGGAUGCCAUAGCAGUAAAUUCAUGGUGGUUUAUUUAUUUCGGAACGUUUAUCGGUACCUUAUUAGCAUUGAUGUAUUAUUACGUGACGUCAAAUAACGAUUUUUGGGAUAAAUUAAACGUGCCUUACAUAAAACCUGAAUUCGUUUAUGGAAACAUGAAAGAAAUAGCAAAAUGUGUUAAAAGUCAAAACGAAGCAGUUUGGGAAUUUUAUCAGUAUUUUAAAAAACUCGGACAUAAAUACGGUGGAAUAUUUCAAUUGAGAGAUCCGGUCAUGAUUAUUUGUCAUCCUCAACUCGUUAAAGAUGUUUUAGUUAAAAAUUUUCCACAUUUUCACGAUCGACACAUUGCUCACGAUGAACAUUUCGAUCCUUUGAGUGCUCAUUUAAUUGCAUUAGAAGGUUCUAAAUGGAAAUAUAUUCGAUCGAAAUUAAAUCCCGCUUUCAGCACGAGUAAAUUAAAAGGAAUGUUUCAAUCGAUGACAAAUAUUUGCAACGAAUUAAUUAAAAAUUUAAACGGGGCAGCAGAAGAAGGUAAAAUGUUAGACGCGAGAGAUUUUCUCGGAAGGUAUACGGUUGAUAUAAUUGGCAACGUUGCAUUUGGAAUCGAUGUUAACGCCAUGAAAGAAGAUUCCGAAUUUUUACACAUGGGACAAAAAUUUUUCGAACCGACACAAUUUGAAAGAGUCGGACAAAUAAUUGCCAAUACAAAUUAUUGGAUGUAUAAAAUAUUCAAAUUGAGAAUGGUUUCGAAAAAAGUAACGGAUUUUUUCAUUAACGUCGUUAAUAAUACUAUGACGUAUCGAAGGGAAAACAACGUUGAAAGAAAUGAUUUUUUACAUUUUUUAAUGAAAAUAAACGAAACGAAAGGUACGGAUUUGAAAGAUAUGGACGAAAUGAAAGGUGUUAAAAAUUACAAUAUGGCCGUGAGUGAAAAUUCAAUCGGCGUGAUUGCCGCUCAAGCUUUUGUUUUUUUCGUUGCCGGCUACGAAACAUCAUCUUCGGCCAUGAGUGCUUGUUUAUUCGAAUUGGCACAUCAUCCAGAAAUUCAAGAAAAACUCUACGAAGAAGUCACGCAAGUACUUAAAACAAAUGAUGACGUCACAUACGAUUCUGUACAACAAUUGACAUAUACCGAACAAGUUUUGGAAGAAACGUUAAGACUUUAUCCUCCUGUAGGAAUAUUACUACGUAAAUGUACUCAACCCUACGAAAUACCCGAAACGUCGAUAAUCCUUCCGAAAGGCUGUCAAUUGUUUAUUCCCGUUUAUGCAUUUCAUCACGAUCCCGAAUAUUUUCCCGAUCCGGAAGAAUUUAAUCCAGAAAGAUUUUCAUCGGAAAAUCGUAAAAAUAUACCACCCUAUGCUUACAUGCCUUUCGGACACGGACCAAGAGUUUGUAUCGGUUUUAGGUUGGCAAUGAUGGAAAUGAAAUUAACAUUAGCAUUGAUAAUAAAAAAUUUUAAAAUAUUAAAAUGUGAAAAAACAAAACCUUUUAAAAUGUGUCCGAGUUCGUUUUUUUUAGUACCAAAAGAUGGAUUUUGGAUAAAAGUAAUUAAAAGAAACGAAAAUUUGUUAAUUUGA